AUGACCACCGUUAAAGGACGCUGCCACUGUGGCCAGACAGACCACUGCGAUGCUUGCAAAGUGAUUAACGGCAGUGAUUACACCCUAAACCAGAUUGUCCCAAAGGAGAAUUUUGAACUCACAAAGGGCAACUUGGGCUCAUACACAUAUGACGGCGAUUCGGGUAUCUCCCCUCCCAUUCCUACGCAACCAUGCAUAAACAAACCAUCAGAUUGUAACCUGCUCAUCAACGCAUCAUACACAGGAAACCCCGUACACUGCUUCUUCUGCCCCAAUUGCACAACCCACAUCUACCAUCACCAGACCGUAGCCGGACCCAAAUACGUCAUCCGAACCGCCUCCUUGGAAGGUGCCAAGGAGUGGCAAGUGGCUGCAGAGAUCUACGCGAUGAAUAACAUCAAAUGGCAACCUACUAUUGCUGAGGCUGAUCAUGUCUUCCAGCUGACUCCGCCAUCGUAA